AAAAUGUGGUUCGGCGAGGAGGGGGGCCAAGCGAGCAGUCAGUGUCGCUGAAGUGGCCGCUGCCGCCGGGAUGUGAACGUCAACCGGGGUUGGGGGAAAAGUAGGAAAUUAACCGGUUGCCACCACAGCUGGAGGACAAGUGAGGUCACGGCAUGUCGGAAGGCGACGACUAAGAACAGGGAGUUCAACAACAUAAGUGACUACAUGGGGAUAUACGCACCUGACUCAAGAUUCGACGGUGUUUUCACGUGGCUGGCCGGCCAUUAACCAACCAACUAACUAACUAACUGACAGACUGACUGACGUUUUACGCUCGGGGGGGGGGUAAGCACGCUUCACACUUUGUUUUUCGUCUUUGCCGAGGAGGAACUUUUCAAUGCCUUUUCAAUGAUUCGAGACUUGAGCAAGAUGUACCCUCCGGCGCGGCAUCCGGUUCCACCCCAGCCCGGACAGCCGUUCAAGUUCACCGUGUCGGAGUCGUGCGAUCGGAUCAAGGAGGAGUUCCAGUUUCUCCAGGCCCAGUAUCACAGUCUGAAAAUGGAGUGUGAGAAACUGGCAAGUGAGAAAACAGAGAUGCAGAGACACUAUGUCAUGUACUACGAAAUGUCAUAUGGACUCAACAUCGAGAUGCACAAACAGGCAGAGAUUGUCAAGCGGCUGAACGCAAUCUGUGCCCAAGUCAUCCCCUUCCUUUCUCAAGAGCAUCAGCAGCAGGUGGUGCAAGCAGUGGAGAGGGCCAAGCAGGUCACCAUGGCUGAACUCAAUGCCAUCAUUGGACAGCAGCAGCUCCAAGCUCAGCACCUCUCCCAUGGCCACGCCAUCCCUGUCCCGCUCACGCCGCACCCGGCGGGCCUUCAUCCUCCCCUGCCCCCCGGCGCUGGUACUGCAAGCCUGCUGGCACUCUCCUCAGCCCUCGGCCAUCAGCUGCCCCUCAAAGAUGAGAGGAAACACCAGGAUAGCGCUGAAGAACACCCAAGAGAGAGAGAUUCUGUGAAGAGCUCAUCUGUGUCUCCGUCCACCAGUUUUCGGACUGGAGAGAAGCACCGAGGUUCAGGCGAUUACUCCGCUGACAGCAAGAAGCAGAAGACAGACGAUAAGGAGUUGAGUGCUACACGCUACGAGAGUGACGGUGAGAAGAGUGACGACAACUUGGUAGUGGACGUCUCCAAUGAGGAUCCAGCCUCUCCAAGAGGAAGUCCUGCCCACUCUCCCAGGGAGAACGGAUUGGACAAGAGUCGCCUGCUGAAGAAGGAUGCGCCCCAGAGUCCCUCUUCUGUCGCUUCCUCCAGCAGCACACCUUCAUCCAAAUCCAAAGAGAUUAAUUUGAAUGAAAAAUCGACAACACCAGUUUCAAAGUCCAGCACACCCACAUCCCGCUGCGACGCUCCCACUCCCAGCAGCACCACCACCAGCCUGAGGGCUGUUCCAAGUAAGCCAACAGGAGUCGAGACACUAGCAUCUGGUCUGCGCACACCACUGGCGGUGCCGUGCUCGUAUCCAGGCCCGUUUGGAAUUGUCCCUCACCUUGGCAUGAAUGGCGAGCUGAGCGGAGCAGGCGCCCCCUACACAGGCCUGCAUAGCAUGAGCACUGUGGCUGCAGCCGCUGUGGCUGCUUAUGGACGCACACAAGUGGUGGGAUUUGAUCCUCACCAUCACAUACGUGUCCCUGGCCUUCCUCCCAACCUAUCAGGCAUUCCUGGUGGAAAACCAGCCUACUCCUUUCACGUGAGUGCUGAUGGACAAAUGCAGCCAGUACCUUUCCCUCCGGACGCUCUGAUCGGCCCGGCCAUCCCGCGUCAUGCGCGACAGAUCAACACACUUAACCACGGGGAGGUGGUGUGUGCUGUCACCAUCAGCAACCCAACCCGUCAUGUUUACACCGGCGGCAAGGGCUGUGUCAAGGUGUGGGACAUCAGUCACCCCGGCAACAAGACCUCUGUGUCACAGCUGGACUGCCUUAACAGAGACAACUACAUCCGCUCCUGUCGACUGCUCCCUGACGGACGGACGCUCAUUGUGGGAGGCGAGGCGAGUACUUUGUCAAUAUGGGAUUUGGCAACACCAACGCCGCGGAUCAAGGCAGAAUUAACAUCAUCAGCUCCUGCGUGCUACGCCUUGGCCAUCAGCCCCGACUCCAAGGUCUGCUUUUCCUGCUGCUCCGAUGGAAACAUAGCUGUCUGGGACCUUCACAACCAGACUUUGGUUAGGCAGUUCCAGGGCCACACAGAUGGAGCAAGCUGCAUAGACAUCUCCAAUGAUGGCACCAAGCUUUGGACAGGAGGUCUGGAUAACACCGUCCGCUCCUGGGAUCUUCGAGAAGGCCGCCAGCUGCAGCAGCAUGACUUUACCUCGCAGAUCUUCUCACUGGGAUACUGUCCAACUGGCGAGUGGCUGGCGGUGGGAAUGGAGAACAGCAAUGUGGAAGUCCUACAUGUCUCCAAACCUGACAAGUACCAGCUCCACCUACAUGAAAGCUGCGUGCUCUCACUCCGAUUUGCUCACUGUGGGAAGUGGUUCGUCAGCACAGGAAAGGACAAUUUGCUUAACGCCUGGAGAACCCCGUAUGGAGCGAGCAUAUUCCAGUCUAAGGAGUCGUCCUCGGUGCUGAGCUGCGACAUCUCCGUGGACGACAAGUACAUUGUGACCGGCUCUGGAGACAAGAAGGCCACUGUCUAUGAGGUCAUAUACUAGGGGAGGGUGCGGGGGUCAUCCUCCUACCCAGCCACUGUUCAAUGUGGCCAACCCUGUGUACCAUAUACAAUAUGUAUAAUAGGGAUGUUCAGUUGUUCUUGGACUUUUUUAUGGCUGGUCAGAAGGAAGCACAGAGAUUUUGUUUUCAGUGAGUGAAUGUCCAUUCAUACUGAGCAUAUGUUGCAUAAUGAAUGUCUGGAUGACAUUCCUUUUUACUUUCUUUUUGUGUUUGCCUAGGUGUGUGGCACCAACACAAGCUUGUGUCUGUUUACGUAUAUACUUAUUCCCGUGUGUAUGCUUGAAAGAGGGCUGCGUUGGUCCUGCCUACCGCAUACAGUAUUAACGUUUGACACUGGAUUUAGCCAUCAAAACUAUCUUACCAGUGGGUUAAUAUGACAAUAUUAAUGUUUUUAAUUUUUUAUGGUGUUGAAACACAGUGAAGUUGUGGUUAGUACGUCUGCCUCUAAGUCGAGAGGCCCUUGGGUUUGAAUCUCAGCUCAGGCCUUCCUGUAUGCAGAUUGCAUGUUCUCCCUGUCUAAUAUAUGUCAGAAAUCAGCUAGGAUAAACUCCAGCUCACCCGUGACCCGAAUUAGCAGAAGAUGGAGAUAUUAAAUGCUUUUAUAUUUUUUGUCUACACUCCCAAUCUUGCUUUCUUGUGUGGACUUUUAAUAUCACAAUUUGCCUUUCAAUAUUGUUAAUUUGAAAGAAUGAAUGAAAGUCAUCCAUCAAGACGCUGAAUACAUGCUUGUUGACAACAGUGGCACUUUGAGAAAAAAUCAGAAAGUCUGAUAUCCCUUCAGUUCAGACAGUAUGAGUGUGUGUCUGUGUGUGUUUGUGUUUACCUUGUGUGUGUAUGUAUGUAAUAACAAGAUUGCCCGGCAGUGCCCUCACUUCUGACUGGCCUUUUUGCACUUUCGGUUGUGCCCCCUCAAUUGAAACUUUGCUGGAUGCAGACGCAAUUCCUUUUCACUAUAGACCAUGUGGUAGUUCUCUAGAAAAACGAGAAGUGGUCUAUGGUGUGUCUCUUACCUAUCUUGGACGGACUUAUGUUUGCUUGUAGGAAUAAAACAAAAACACAGUGCCUUUACCCUUCUCUGUCCAACUGGAAUGUGACAGACCUGACUGGAUAUUAGUUUUUGGGGGGGGGAGGCUGGGGUGUUGCCGUAUUUAAAAAAAACAAAAAAAAAAAACAAAAAACAAAAAAAAGAUAAACAAGAUUAACUGUAAAAUGAGUUUUUAUUCCCAUUUUUUCUUUCUUAAAACAUGCAUGUAAAACACACCACUAUACCUCCUGCUGUCUUUUUGAUCGUUUGAAGCAUAAUGACAUUCUUACACUCCAGAUUUGGCUGUUUUCCCCCCUGAUAGAUGGCUAAAUAUACCAUAAUAGUCACGGAGUAUAAAAAUAGCCACCCUUACCACAAUAAGAAAAUGGGUGAUGAGCGUGCGCUUUCCUUCACUACUCACUAAUGUACCAAUUUGUGUUUUUACUGUGAAACCUGUCCCCAGCCAUUAACUUGAAAAACUCACCUGGCCGCAGUUUUCGUGCUCUUUCUGAAAUGCCACGAUGCCAAAAGCUGGCACCAAUGCCCUGUUUAAUAGGGAAGUUGUACAUUUGUGUCAAGGAAGUAUGUAGAAGUGAUACAUCUCGAUUGAGAGACAAGCUUUGUAUGUCUAGGAGAAGCUAAGGUUCUUAGCCGAAUAAGUUAUGCGGGAGUCUUCACCACCUACGUAAAGUAUGUACACGCACACUUAUGUUGCAUAUUUUUUAUUUUUUUUAAUCAAAGCAUCUGUUAGGCAUUUAUUUUGAACGGUAUUGAUGUUGAGGAGUUUGAAAUUAUAUUAACAUGUUUACAGUUUAAACUAUUAAUGUACGUAUUCGCGACAGGGCUUGCUCAGUGUCCCAGGCGAAUAGCAGGGGAUUGCCGUCUUUCAAAACAAAGUUACCAAAGAAAUAAUGUGAAGUGAGUUAAUCCAAACUGUCGCCAUCAUAAAAUAUUUAUUAACUAUAAGAAAGGUUUCAAGUAACAGUUAACAUUCCUAAGUGUCUUAAAAGUACAAAGUUAAUCACUGUAAAACAAAGUAUUCAACAAAAUAAAACAAAAUAAAAUAAAGCUGCUCACCAUUUGAAUAUGCCAGACAAGUAAUGGACAGUGAACUGGAAGGUGUUUGGGUAGCAAUUUCGUUGGUACGGCCACAAUUAAGCAUUGUUGUAUUUAAUUGUAUUGCUCAUAUUGUACAGAGCAGACAACCUUUCUGGUGUCACAGUAAUGCUUCUUCUUCUUGUUAUCAUUACACUUUCCUCUACCAUCAGUGGUACCCUGUGGCAUGACAAAAUACCCCCAAAAAGCAAAAAAUGUAGAGUCAAUCCUUUUGAUGUCUUAUUAGAUUUACCGGCAUCGCACAUGAUGAUGGUUUGACUUAUGAAGCAUAUUUUCCCAGGUAAAAAUAUUGAAGUCCAAAUUGUACCACUUUUGGAAUUUCCACUAUCUGUAUAUGAUGCAUAUACUGUAGCUUUACCUGUUUUUUUUCCCUCCAUUUUUUUCUGCCCUCUGCAGUGAAACACUCAAUUUGAAGGAAAGUAUGUUAGUUUUAUUUAUCUCAAUUACUCAAAUUUCAGUGUUUCAAAAUAAUAACAUGACCUAACACAACUGUGAAAUACUCUGCUUUAAACCAAGUAUAAAUGCACACAUUGGAAAUUAGUAAAAUAACUUUAACAACCAAUAUAAGAAAAGUUAUUGGUACUAUCUUGGAUAAUAUUUCUGGUAUUUAUUUUAUGUCAUGUUAACAGUUGUGCAGGCAAAUAUGUGCUGAAGUCAAGAAUAGAUGCUUGACACGUGUGUGCAUGUAAGAAGGUACAAGGCUUAUAACUAACUGCCUUUAUGUAAUCAUGACGUUAUAGCUCAGUUCAUGCAUUUUCUUCAUUAUUUUCUGCACUUGUUUCUGCUUUUUACUACUGUAAAAAUGUACUGUGCAACUUUCUGAUACUGAACUAUUACAUCAAGUGAUGAUAGUGCGUGAAACUUUUAGCUUGGAAGAAGUUGUGAUGGUAUUGUACAAGAACUGUAAACAUGUAAUUAUUUUAAGUUUAAAAAGAAACUUCCUGUCAAUAACAGUUGUGUUUCUUCUAUACAAAUGCCCUUUGUCACCCCCCCCCCCCCCACAAAUCUUUUUUUAAUCCAGUCUGCAGUUGAUUUUAUUAAAUUAUUGUGUGGA